UUCCUGCUGGCGCGGAGGGGCGGGGGUGACCCUAGCGGAGGGAUACGGAGCGGAGCCCCGUCGGCCCCUUCCUGGUCCUUCGGAGGGGUCGGCAGCAGACGGGGUAGCUCGCAAGCUCGCGCUGGGCGCUCGGGACGAAGCAGCGGGGUGAUGGGCCGCUUGUAGCCGCCGGGGCCGCCGCACUACCAGCCCGCAGGCCGCAUCCGCAGGGAAAGUAGUCCCCAGCGGGCUCGCUCGGGCGGGCAGGGAGGCGGCGCGGGCGGAGGCGCACGGCGGCGCGGUGCUGCGGCUCAGCUGAUAAUUGAAGGGACGAGGAGCCGUCGCCGCCGCCGGGGGGGAGGGGGGAGCCAGUGGAAGUUGCCGCGCCACCGAGUCCGGACCGGAGACUUUGGGGCCUAACUAGUGAAUGGUAGUGUCUAGAAAGGGUAUGUCCCUUCAAGAGAGAGGUGCCAAUGUCCAACCGGCCUAAUAACAAUCCAGGGGGGUCACUGCGACGUUCACAGAGGAACACUGCCGGGGCCCAACCACAAGACGACUCGAUAGGAGGAAGGUCACAUUUAGGGCAGGCAAAACACAAGGGAAAUAUCCCUCCUGAGAGUAGAAAAUCUAAUUCUAAGGCACCCAAAGCACAGUCUAACACUACUGAACUGUCAAGGGGACACCUUUCUAAAAGAAGCUGCAGUUCAUCAUCUGCUGUCAUAGUUCCGCAGCCAGAGGAUCCAGACAGAGCCAAUACUUCAGAAAGGCAGAAAACGGGGCAGGUGCCUAAGAAAGACAAUUCUCGAGGAGUGAAACGCAGUGCUAGUCCAGACUACAACAGGACCAAUUCUCCUAGCUCUGCAAAAAAGCCCAGAGCACUUCAGCAUUUUGAGUCUCUCUCAGAAACAAAUAAGCCACAUAGUAAGUCAAAGAAGAGACAUUUAGACCAGGAACAACUGAAAUCUGCACAAUUGCCAUCAACAAGCAAGGCUCACACCAGAAAGAGUGGGGCCGCUGGUAGUUCACGGAGUCAGAAAAGAAAGAGGACAGAGAUUUCUUGUGUGAAGAGUGGUUCUGGGUCCGAAUCAACUGGUGCCGAAGAGAGAUCUGCAAAACCCACCAAGCUGGCUUCAAAAUCGGCCACCUCAGCCAAAGCUGGGUGUAGCACCAUCACUGAUUCUUCUUCUGCUGCCUCUACUUCCUCCUCAUCUUCUGCUGUAGCCUCGGCCUCUUCGACUGUACCACCAGGUGCCAGGGUGAAACAAGGAAAAGACCAGAACAAGGCCAGGCGUUCCCGUUCGGCGUCCAGUCCUAGUCCCAGAAGAAGUAGCAGGGAGAAGGAACAGAGUAAAACUGGUGGCUCUUCAAAAUUUGAUUGGGCUGCUCGUUUCAGCCCUAAAGUUAGCCUACCUAAAACAAAACUGUCUCUUCCAGGGUCUUCUAAGUCAGAGACAUCAAAACCUGGACCUUCUGGAUUACAGGCCAAAUUAGCAAGUUUAAGAAAAUCUACCAAGAAGCGCAGUGAGUCCCCACCUGCUGAGCUCCCCAGUUUGAGGAGGAGCACACGCCAAAAGACCACGGGCUCCUGUGCUAGUACCAGUCGGCGAGGCUCUGGCCUGGGCAAGAGAGGAGCAGCUGAGGCCCGGCGGCAGGAGAAAAUGGCAGACCCUGAAAGCAACCAGGAGACAGUGAAUUCUUCAGCUGCCAGGACAGAUGAAACUCCCCAAGGAGCUGCAGCCUCUAGUUCUGUUGCAGGGGCUGUUGGCAUGACCACCUCUGGGGAGAGUGAAUCGGAUGAUUCUGAGAUGGGACGAUUGCAAGCUCUGUUAGAGGCCAGGGGUCUUCCUCCUCACCUGUUUGGUCCUCUUGGUCCUCGGAUGUCACAACUUUUCCAUAGAACAAUUGGAAGCGGAGCUAGUUCUAAGGCCCAGCAGCUUCUGCAAGGACUACAAGCCAGUGAUGAGAGUCAACAGCUUCAGGCGGUCAUUGAAAUGUGUCAGCUAUUGGUCAUGGGAAAUGAGGAAACACUGGGAGGGUUUCCUGUGAAGAGUGUUGUUCCAGCUUUGAUAACAUUACUGCAGAUGGAACAUAAUUUUGAUAUUAUGAAUCAUGCUUGCCGAGCCUUAACAUACAUGAUGGAAGCACUUCCACGAUCAUCUGCUGUUGUAGUCGAUGCUAUUCCGGUCUUUCUAGAAAAGUUGCAGGUGAUUCAGUGCAUUGAUGUGGCAGAGCAGGCCUUGACUGCCUUGGAAAUGUUGUCUCGGCGACACAGUAAAGCCAUUCUACAGGCGGGUGGUUUGGCAGACUGCUUGCUGUAUCUAGAAUUCUUCAGCAUAAAUGCCCAAAGAAAUGCACUAGCAAUUGCAGCCAAUUGCUGCCAGAGUAUCACACCAGAUGAGUUUCAUUUUGUGGCAGAUUCCCUCCCAUUGCUUACCCAAAGGCUCACUCACCAGGACAAAAAGUCAGUAGAAAGCACUUGCCUUUGUUUUGCACGUCUAGUGGACAACUUUCAACAUGAGGAGAAUUUACUGCAGCAGGUUGCCUCCAAAGAUCUUCUUACAAAUGUUCAACAACUCUUGGUAGUGACUCCACCAAUUUUAAGUUCUGGGAUGUUUAUAAUGGUGGUUCGCAUGUUUUCUCUGAUGUGUUCCAACUGCCCAACAUUAGCUGUUCAACUUAUGAAACAAAAUAUUGCAGAAACACUUCACUUCCUCCUGUGUGGUGCCUCCAAUGGAAGUUGUCAGGAACAGAUUGAUCUUGUUCCACGAAGUCCUCAAGAACUGUAUGAAUUGACAUCUCUAAUUUGUGAACUUAUGCCAUGUUUACCAAAAGAAGGCAUUUUUGCAGUUGAUACCAUGUUGAAGAAGGGAAAUGCACAGAACACAGAUGGUGCCAUAUGGCAGUGGCGUGAUGACCGGGGCCUCUGGCAUCCCUAUAACAGGAUUGACAGCCGGAUCAUUGAGGUAGCAGCCCAUCAGGUCGGUGAGGAUGAGAUAAGCUUGUCCACUCUGGGACGAGUUUAUACUAUUGAUUUUAAUUCUAUGCAGCAAAUCAAUGAGGACACGGGAACAGCACGUGCCAUUCAGAGAAAACCUAACCCCUUAGCCAAUACUAACACUAGUGGAUAUUCAGAAUUAAAGAAGGAUGAUGCUCGAGCACAACUAAUGAAAGAGGAUCCAGACCUGGCUAAGUCUUUUAUCAAGACAUUAUUUGGUGUUCUUUAUGAAGUGUAUAGUUCCUCAGCAGGACCUGCAGUCAGACAUAAGUGCCUUAGAGCAAUUCUUAGGAUAAUUUAUUUUGCUGAUGCGGAACUUCUGAAGGAUGUUCUGAAAAAUCAUGCUGUUUCAAGUCACAUUGCUUCCAUGCUAUCAAGCCAAGACCUGAAGAUAGUAGUUGGGGCACUUCAGAUGGCAGAGAUCUUAAUGCAAAAGUUACCCGAUAUUUUUAGUGUUUACUUCAGAAGAGAAGGUGUGAUGCAUCAAGUAAAACAUUUAGCAGAAUCAGAGUCUUUGUUGACAAGUCCACCAAAGGCGUGUACAAAUGGGUCAGGAUCCUUGGGAUCUACAACAUCAGUCAGCAGUGGGACAGCCACAGCUGCAACCAACGCCACUGCUGAUCUGGGGUCACCCAGCUUGCAGCAUAGCAGAGAUGAUUCUCUGGACCUGAGCCCUCAAGGUCGGUUAAGUGAUGUUCUUAAGAGAAAACGGCUGCCAAAACGGGGGCCAAGAAGACCCAAGUACUCGCCCCCGAGAGAUGAUGACAAAGUAGACAAUCCAGCUAAAAGCCCUACCACUACUCAGUCACCUAAAUCUUCCUUCCUGGCAAGCUUGAAUCCAAAAACAUGGGGAAGGUUAAGUGCACAGUCAAAUAGCAACAACAUUGAGCCGGCACGAACUGCGGGAGUUAGUGGUCUUGCCAGGGCUGCCUCAAAGGACACCAUAUCAAAUAAUAGAGAAAAAAUUAAAGGUUGGAUUAAGGAGCAGGCACACAAAUUUGUAGAGCGUUAUUUUAGUUCUGAGAAUAUGGAUGGAAGCAACCCUGCCUUGAAUGUCCUUCAGAGACUUUGUGCUGCAACUGAACAACUCAACCUCCAGGUGGAUGGUGGAGCUGAGUGCCUUGUAGAAAUCCGUAGCAUAGUCUCAGAGUCUGAUGUUUCAUCAUUUGAAAUCCAACAUAGUGGAUUUGUGAAACAGUUGUUGCUGUAUUUGACCUCUAAAAGUGAAAAGGAUGCUGUGAGCAGAGAGAUCCGAUUAAAACGAUUCCUACAUGUAUUUUUUUCUUCUCCACUUCCUGGAGAAGAGCCCAUUGGAAGAGUAGAACCAGUGGGCAAUGCACCUUUGUUGGCAUUAGUUCACAAGAUGAACAACUGCCUCAGCCAAAUGGAACAAUUUCCAGUCAAAGUGCAUGAUUUCCCUAGUGGAAAUGGGACUGGAGGCAGCUUUUCUCUCAACAGAGGAUCACAAGCUUUAAAAUUUUUCAACACACAUCAGCUAAAAUGUCAGUUACAAAGACAUCCAGACUGUGCAAAUGUGAAGCAGUGGAAAGGUGGGCCUGUCAAGAUCGACCCCCUGGCUUUGGUACAAGCUAUUGAGAGAUAUCUUGUGGUUAGAGGGUAUGGAAGAGUCAGAGAAGAUGAUGAAGAUAGUGAUGAUGAUGGAUCAGAUGAAGAAAUAGAUGAAUCUCUGGCUGCUCAGUUUUUAAAUUCAGGAAAUGUAAGACACAGGCUACAGUUUUAUAUUGGAGAACAUUUGCUACCCUAUAACAUGACUGUGUACCAGGCAGUACGGCAGUUCAGUAUACAGGCUGAAGAUGAGAGAGAAUCUACUGAUGAUGAGAGUAAUCCUCUUGGAAGAGCUGGCAUUUGGACAAAGACUCACACAAUAUGGUACAAACCUGUGAGAGAGGAAGAAGAAAGCAGUAAAGACUCUGUCGGUGGCAAAAGAGGAAGAGCCCAAACAGCUCCUACAAAAACUUCCCCCAGAAAUGCAAAAAAGCAUGAUGAGUUGUGGCAUGAUGGAGUAUGCCCAUCAGUGUCAAAUCCAUUAGAAGUUUACCUCAUUUCCACACCACCUGAAAAUAUCACCUUUGAAGAUCCAUCCUUAGACGUGAUCCUCCUUUUAAGAGUUUUACACGCCGUCAGUCGUUACUGGUAUUAUUUGUAUGAUAAUGCAAUGUGCAAGGAGAUUAUUCCAACUAGUGAAUUUAUUAAUAGUAAGUUGACAGCAAAAGCAAAUAGGCAGCUUCAAGAUCCUUUAGUAAUCAUGACAGGAAACAUCCCAACAUGGCUUACUGAGCUAGGAAAAACCUGCCCAUUCUUCUUUCCUUUUGAUACCCGACAAAUGCUUUUUUAUGUAACUGCAUUUGAUCGGGACCGGGCAAUGCAAAGAUUGCUUGAUACCAACCCAGAAAUUAACCAAUCUGAUUCACAAGAUAGUAGAGUUGCACCUAGAUUGGAUAGAAAAAAACGCACUGUGAACAGAGAGGAGCUGCUGAAACAGGCGGAGUCUGUGAUGCAGGACCUGGGCAGCUCCCGGGCCAUGUUAGAAAUCCAGUAUGAAAAUGAGGUUGGUACAGGUCUUGGGCCAACACUGGAGUUUUAUGCACUUGUAUCUCAGGAACUACAGAGAGCUGACUUGGGUCUCUGGAGAGGUGAAGAAGUAACACUUAGCAAUCCAAAAGGAAGCCAAGAAGGGACCAAGUAUAUUCAAAACCUCCAGGGCCUGUUUGCGCUUCCCUUUGGUAGGACAGCUAAGCCAGCUCAUAUCGCAAAGGUUAAGAUGAAGUUUCGCUUCUUAGGAAAAUUAAUGGCUAAGGCUAUCAUGGAUUUCAGAUUGGUGGACCUUCCCCUUGGCUUGCCUUUUUAUAAGUGGAUGCUGCGGCAGGAAACUUCACUGACAUCUCACGAUUUAUUUGACAUCGAUCCUGUUGUAGCCAGAUCAGUAUAUCACCUAGAAGACAUUGUAAGACAGAAGAAAAGACUGGAGCAGGAUAAAUCGCAGACCAAAGAGAGCCUACAGUAUGCAUUAGAAACCCUUACUAUGAAUGGCUGUUCAGUUGAAGAUCUAGGAUUGGAUUUCACGCUGCCAGGGUUUCCCAACAUCGAACUGAAGAAAGGAGGAAAGGAUAUACCAGUCACUAUCCACAACUUAGAGGAGUAUCUAAGACUGGUAAUAUUCUGGGCUCUAAAUGAAGGUGUUUCCAGGCAAUUUGAUUCUUUCAGAGAUGGAUUUGAAUCAGUUUUCCCCCUUAGUCACCUGCAGUACUUCUACCCAGAAGAAUUGGAUCAGCUCCUGUGUGGCAGUAAAGCAGACACUUGGGAUGCAAAGACAUUGAUGGAAUGCUGCAGGCCUGAUCAUGGUUAUACUCACGACAGCCGGGCUGUGAAGUUUUUGUUUGAGAUUCUCAGUAGUUUUGAUAACGAGCAGCAACGGUUAUUUCUCCAGUUUGUGACUGGUAGCCCACGAUUGCCUGUUGGAGGAUUUCGAAGUCUCAAUCCACCCCUGACAAUUGUUCGGAAGACAUUUGAAUCAACAGAAAACCCAGAUGACUUCUUACCCUCUGUAAUGACUUGUGUGAACUAUCUUAAGUUGCCGGACUACUCAAGCAUUGAAAUAAUGCGGGACAAACUCUUGAUAGCAGCAAGAGAAGGGCAGCAGUCGUUCCAUCUUUCCUGAUCACGAGAAGUCUGUGUCUGCCUGAUACAGCAAAAGAAAAAAAAAAAUCAUGAUUUCUUUUCUAAUGUAUCACCUGAGUCGAGGAAACAUGUUACGCCUUCUCAUAGGAAAACGGCUUGCAGAUUAUAAGAGACACUUGGUUGAUAUUCAUAAUGGCCCCAUGGACUUAAAGUGAUCAGGCCCUAAAAUGUUCUUGUGAUGAGGUUUCUUUAGCAAGUUCUUGUUUAAAUUAUCAUUUAUUUGAUGAGUGAAGUUUUUAACUUGCUUUGCUGUGUGAAAUUUCAAAGGGAUGUUUUUUCAGGCUGGAACAAUAAAUGUCUCUGUGCAGUUUAAUUCUGGGCUUUGUGUAUCCAUCGAGCUAAGUCUGCAGUUUUGUUUCCUCCAAAGACAACUCUUGUACAUAAGUACAGAAAUUGAAGCUCACGUGUACUUGACAGCUAUAGUUUAGUAGAUGGGCUCUAUGUGCUUUCCAUUUCCCUCUAAUUUUCUUUCCCCACCUCACUGUUGCUUGUGCAGUUCACAUGGGUUUGUUUGGGUUUUUUGGUGUACAACACACAGUUUGCCAUUUUCAGUAGCCAGGGGCCUUUGAUGUCUCAUGUUCUUUCAAAUUAAGAUAUAAUUUAAAACUCAUUGAAUUGAAAUAUAUUGUCAAUAUAAUUCAGCCUUUGUAAUUAGGUAGGUAGGCUUUUCUUAUAGCUUAGUUUUAAUAUAGUUAUAGAGCACUCCUGGCUUUUUGCCAAGUGACACUAGGUUUGUUUACAUGAUAUUUCCAGCAACAAAAGCCUCUGGAAUGGAGGAAGGAAAGCUCAUUCUUUAUGUGUGUAGGUUUAACAGUCCACAGCUUGGGCUGGCCAGUAUUUAUUCCAUGGCCAGAGUAUUUUAAAUUGAUGUAAAGUUUUAAGUAAAUUAGCUUUCAUUCCCUGUUAGAAUUUUUGUUUGUUUGUUUUUUUUUUUUUUUUUUUUAAUCUCCCUUGAAGUUUCCACUCUCAGUUCUCAGUCUUUAUUUCAUUCUGCUCCAUCUAGUUACUUGGGACAACAGUUCAGCCUUUGUCUCCACACAGAUAAAAGCACCUGCAAGCAAUGCUGUCCAUUUGUUUUAUGUGCUGAUUUCUCAGAUCUGCAAUAAUCCAUCAGGUUAAUGUUUUUACCUGAAAAUAAAAGUUUGCUUCACCUUUUUGUUCCUAGUUCUGUGCUGUCCACAUGUCCACCUGCAUAGACAAGCUGUUGUAUUGCAAUGCAAGUAAGUCAUCAGCCAUUCAUGAUGCCAGCCAUGACAGACCUCACUGUUACACAAGUUGUUUUUACUUGAAGAAAAUAAAAUGUGGAAAGAAAAUGGGAGAAGAUUCAUUCCUUUUGAGGUUCAAAACUGCUUAAAUUUGAAUUUCCCUUGAGAAUGAGGUACACCAUUUUUAACUUGAACUUUGAGAAAUCAAUUUCACUUUGAAAGACUUACUUGACAUAGAGCCCUCUUCCCUAUCCUAUCAUAUAGAAGAAGCAUAUAAUGGCUUAGUUCACUUACAAAACUGUCAUUUUAGACUUUCCCUGCUGACAGGAAACUUGGAUGGUGAGCCCAUCCAAUGGGGAGGAGUUGGGAGCAGGGAGUCUAGGCCCUGAGGCUCAUGAAUGGCAGUCAGCUUUGCAACUCUACCCUGAGGCCAGAAGAGCUGAGCCCCUUUGUUUCCUUUGUUUCCUUUGUUUCUGGUUCUGUUGUUUUACAAACUGAGCACAAAGAUUUUUGUGUGAAUAUAGCAUUUUGUUCCUCACUUUUUAAAGACCUGUUAAAAUGUAGACAUCUGUAUAAACAAAGUGAUGUUUCAUAUUAAAAUAAUCUGUAUUUGCAUUUUA